AUCACUCGUUUCGAUUAACAUAACUGGGAAGGCACUCAAACAGUUAUGUUGGGGCCCAAAUUCUUCCAAGUUUUUACUACUCUUGCUUUGUUGGUUGCUUUAGCAACUGCGGACAUUGAUGAUUUUCAGUGCCGCAUUCUGUAUGAGUAUGAUGCAUCUGUAAAAGGAACUGUGUCAAGCCCAUUUUACGGCGAAAGACAUUACCAUAAUGGAUUGUGGUGUGAAUAUAGAAUAAGGGCCCCACAAGGUCACAGAAUCAAAAUUACUUUCAAGGACUUCGACAUCGAUCCUUCAGGAGGAUGUCGUCAAGAUCAGCUGGUCGUCUACGGCAAGGACAAGGAGAGUGUCCUCGGUAUUUUCUGUGGCAACGAAGCUCCCAAACCCAUCCUUUCCAACGAGGGAGAGAGCGAAAUUAGGCUUCUCUUUCGAUCGGAUUUCAUGGCUGCUGGAAGAGGAUUCCUUUUGGAGUAUGAAUCGAGUCCAACUAUGCAACUCUGUGAAAGUGGUUACAUCCAGUGCACAAACCGAAACUGUUACAAACCUGAGCAGAAAUGUGAUGGCGUUGACAACUGCGGCGACGGAACUGAUGAAGAAAAUUGCAAUCACAAGGUAACGCUUUUCCCAAAAGAAUGUGGUGUCCAGCAUUUUAAACCAAAGACUGUUUUUGACGGUGACCGCAUGGUAGGAGGAGAAGCUGCAGUUCCAAACAGCUGGCCAUGGCAAGUCUCCCUGCAGACGACGUUCAGCGAGCCUAAUGGCCAUUUCUGCGGAGGAACACUCAUUAACUCUCAAUGGGUACUUACUGCCUCACAUUGUAUUGUCGGGGGCUAUAUUCCUGGAACAAUUAAAGUCGUUUUGGGAUCCCACGGCAAGUUUAGAAAAACUCCAUAUGAGCAGGUUCGAACUAGUGCGAAAGUGAUCGCAUAUCCAAACCUAGAAGGAGAAGAUGUCCGAAGAAUGUCUUUUACCCAUGACAUCAGUCUUAUUAAGUUAAACGCACCUGUGACAUUCAACGAAGGAGUUCAACCAGCGUGCUUGGCUCAACUAGGAUGGGUUGCCCAACCAGGUUGGCACUGCUAUGUAACAGGAUGGGGAGAAAGCAGAGGUUCUGGAUUUGAUGAUGUUUUGAAACAAAUGGAACAAGUCGUUCAAUCUAGUCAGAACUGCAGUUUUGAUCAACAAACACAGAUUUGCGUCGAAAAGCCUAUGAACUCACCCUGUCAUGGUGACAGUGGCGGACCUCUGCAGUGUAAAGUCGGUGAUAAGUGGUACGUCUUUGGAGCUGCAAGUUUUGUCACUACAACUAAUUUCAUGACAGGCCUCUGCACCGGACCUGGAGCUAUGACAGUCUACGCAAAUGCAGCUGACAAAGCUGAUUGGAUUAAAGCAAUUAUUAAAGAAAACUAUGACGAUGAUGAGGACUAUAAGAAGGAUCCCAAUUACAUAUACUGUUAUAGAACUCACGUAUUUGAUGCUCGAGUCAACUCAACUGGGCACAUAUACAGUCCCAGGUAUGGAGAAGAUGAAUAUCCUGGAGAAAUAGGUUGCGAUUAUGAUAUAAUUCUGCCAGAAAAUUAUAGGGUGAAAGUAACCUUCAUAGAUCUGGACAUCCAGCCUUCCGAAAGCUGCAAUCAAGACAAGCUUCAAUUACUUGGAGAAGAUGAAAGCAAUAUUCUAGGCAUAUUCUGUGGCACCGAUAUACCGAGACCUGUUGUGUCAGAGAAAGGCGACAGAAAGCUGCGCAUGAAAUUCGGAACCGACUAUAUGGGUGCCGGAAGAGGGUUCCACCUCUAUUACGAAGCAUCUCCUUAUAUAGAUGACUGCCCACCAAACCAUAUACGAUGCAAAAAUAGGAAUUGCGCUCCAGUCACUGCUAAAUGUGAUGGAAAUGACGAUUGUGAAGAUGGCACAGACGAGGAAAACUGCAAAUUUCCAGUUGUGACUCCCCAAGAUUGUGGUGUGCCCGCCAUCCAACCACGUGUUACAUAUAAAUCUCCAGACCGUAUUGUCGGUGGUGAGGAAGCAGUUCCUCACAGCUGGCCGUGGCAGGUGUCUUUGCAACAGUUCUACAUCGAACCCAAUGCCCAUUCCUGCGGUGGGGCGCUCAUCAACUCCCAAUGGGUUCUCACAGCUGCACACUGCUUCAAAUUUAAUCCUGAUCCUCAGUAUUACCGCAUUCACAUGGGAAUGCAUCAUAAGUAUAAAAAAGAUAAAGGCGAACAAAUUAGGUAUGCAGUUAAAAUAAUUGGAUAUCCUGAUCUCGAAAUGGACAAGCUUAGAGGCCAUUUUGGAGUGCAAGAUGAUAUUGCCUUGAUAAAGCUGAAUGCACCGGUGAAAUUCACUGAUACAGUUAAGACUGCAUGUCUGCCAAAUUUGGGAUGGGAUCUAAACCCUGGUGAGAGAUGCUAUACCACUGGAUGGGGUGAAACAAGAGGCUCAGGAUUUUCAGAUGUCCUAAAGCAAACAAUGCAAGAAGUUAUAUCAAAAGAAAAGUGUGACUUUGAUCCAAAACAUCAAAUUUGUACAGAUCAUCCAGGAAACUUCAACUCUCCUUGCCAUGGAGACAGCGGUGGUCCUUUAGUGUGUAACUUAGGAGGUCGGUGGUACCUGAUGGGAGACACCAGCUACGCCACCAAGGGAAAUUUCAUGGGCGGCUUGUGCGCCAUGCCUUCCAAUCAAGUGAUGUUCAGUAAAGUUUCUGACAAAAUUGACUGGAUCAAAGCGAUGGUGGAGACAUAUUCUUAAAAGCCAUUGUCAAAAUUUAGUACUAUUAAGUUUUUUUUUAAUAAAAUUGUUUCAUACAUCGAA